GAUCAAGUCCCGAAUGGCGUAUUCGAGUAUCCACCAGCUAAAUAGUCUCCUACGUUACAAUAUGACCUCUCAAAGUGGCGGGAUCAUUUCUCCAAGAGGAAGGUGCUUUUACUCCGGUGGACUUUGGGGAUAAUACUCCGUACUUUUGAUCUAGGAUUGACUACCAACUCAGAGAUCGGCGGUACACGUUACACUUGAGGACGGUGGUUUCCACUGCGGCGACAGCUUGCAGAAAUUUCUGCAUCCAUGUAGAAGUUCUCCAUCAUAUUUGCUUGAAAUGGCACCAGAGAUUGUGAGAUGGCGCGGCUGGGAUAUAUAAGGCGCUUGUUACCUCGGUGCUCAGUCACGUCCCAGUUAGUUGAUAGAGAAUAAUAUAACAUGGCCGAAACUGCCCCAGCCGUUCCCAAAGAGGGGACUGUCCUCGACAUUUCCACGACGGAAGAGGGGCCCCGUGACCCUCACCCUUUCCCUCGCACGAAGCGAUCCUGGCAUCACACCACUCUCUUCAAUGCCUUUGUCAUAGGCGGCGUCGGCUUCCUGGCACCCGGCCUAUGGAACGCCAUGAACUCGCUCGGAGCAGGUGGAGCGCAGAAGCCGUACCUCAUUAACGCGGCCAACGCGCUGGUAUUUGGGCUGAUGGGUUUCUUGUGCCUGUUUGGUGGCCCCAUUGCCAACCGCAUCGGCCUCUCGCGGACGCUGUUCCUGGGAGCAGUGGGAUACCCCGUCUACUCGGCCGGGCUCUACUGCAACAACCGCUUCGGCAAUGUGUGGCUCGUCCUUGUCGGCGCCGUGUGCUGUGGCGUCUCAGCCGGCCUCUUCUGGGUCUCCGAAGGCGCCGUUGCUCUGGGAUAUCCCGAGCCCGGCAAGCGUGGCAAGUACAUGAACAUCUGGCUCUGGUUCCGCACAGGCGGGCCGUUGGUCGGAGGCGCCAUCGUGCUCGGACUCAACCACAGCGCCGGGGCCAAGAAGAAGGGCAAGAUCGACUCCAAGACGUACCUGGUCUUUGUGGCCCUGCAGUGUGUGGCUGCUCCUCUGGCCCUCGCGCUGUCACCGCCAGAAAAGGUGCAGCGCUCAGACGGUACUCGUGUUAUCGUCAAGGCCGAGCCCAGUCUUAAGGCCGAGUUCAAGGCGUUGUGGAAGGUCAGCACGCGCAAGCAGAUUCUCCUCCUGCUACCGAUAUUCUGGGCCGCCUACUUCAACCAGUACAACGGCAACUUCCAGACGUACUACUUUGGUGUUCGCGCCCGUGCCUUGGCUGGAUUCGUCACAAACAUUGGCACGCUGCUUUCUUCUCAAAUCAUGAGCACGCUGCUGGACUAUAAAGGCCUGGCCGUCAAGCGCCGCAUCGAGAUUGGCUUCUACUACGUUGUGACCCUCCACAUCGCCGCGUGGGUGUACGGCUGGGUCAUCCAAGAAAGAUACACGGCCAACCCCCCCGUCUGGGACUGGGAGGAUGCCGGCUUCGUCGAGGGUCUCUUUGUGCUGCUGCUCUGGGACUUUUCUCGCCAGGCGCUGCAGAACUGGCUGUACUACUUGUUGGCCACAAUGACCGACAAUAUCUCCGAGCUGAGUCGCUUUGCGGGUAUUCUGAGAGGUCAGGAGAGUUUUGGACAGGCUGUUAGCUAUGGCUUGAACUCAACCGAGUGGCACGGUGGCAGAGUGCCCCUGGCUGUGAAUACGAUUCUGUUGGUUCUAUCUGCCUUUCCUGCAUGGAUAGUGAUGAGGAACCAUGUUCCGGUUGAGGCAGGAAAGGCUGCUGCUUUGGAUCACGCGAGCGACGAGGAGAACGUGACUAGGAAGUAGGAGAUUUACAGUUGUACGUGUACUGCAUAGGUAGCGGCAGGUCUUUACGAUUUCGGAUGAUAUCUUUUGCC